AUGCAGCGUGUUCUCGCCCACGUCGUUCUCGCCGCCGCGGCCACAUCGGCGGCAGUUUGCCCCGCGACGGCGCCAUGCUUCAACGCGACGACUUCCGACUGCCGCUCGGGCGACGCCAACCUCAGCAACGGCCUCGGUGGAUCCUAUUGCGCCUUGGGUGUUGGCACGUGCCAGAACGCAACGUUGUGCUACGACCACUUUAGCGGCUGCGUGUGCGGCGGCGACCGGCCGUGCUAUGACCGCGAGAGCCGAACCUGUGGCCCGUGGCAGGCCGAGUGUGCGCCGCGCGCGUCGUCGUCCUUCGAGUUCUGCCCGAGUUCCAUCGACGCGCAGUUGGACAAUACACGUCGUCUGGAGACCACGACCGACGGUCUCUCGACGGGCGCCAUCAUUGGCAUUGUCGCGGGUUCGAUCUUUGGCGUCGCCUUUUGCUCUGGCUUUGUGCUGGGAUGCGUCAAAGAGCUCAGGCGGAAGAGCGACGUAUCACGACCGUCAAACAUGUGGGCCGAAGCCGGCUCGCCGCUGACAGAACUAGCCCAAGCUCCGUCCGUGCUUUCCUCACCAUCGAGUCCGCAGCUGUACCGGUAUUCGUACUCUCCGGAACCGCGCUCGGCAGACUCUUCAAGGACGUGCACGCCGGUGGCGCAAGCGCCAGUAGAGCCUCCCGCACUGUAUUCAAAGACAUACACGGCGGCAACCGACACGACCAGCACCUUUGACGACGGCCUUGCCUCCAUCUUCAACCUCGAUACGCUCCACGUCAAGCGCAUCACCGCUCCACUUCUGCGCCGAUCGGAGCUCGGGCGCGGCGGCUACGGCGUCGUGUACCUCGCCGACCUCGGUGGCAAGUCGGUCGCUGUCAAGACGAUGCUCGCCCACGGCGACCGCGACCGCAUCCAAAGCUUCCUCGACGAAAUCGAGCUCGCGGCCCAGCUCAAGUCCGAGUACAUUGUGACGUGCCUCGGCGCGGCGUGGAGCAGCCCAUGCGACAUCCAGCUCGUGCUCGAGUACAUGCCCGGCGGCGACCUCUGCGACUACCUCCCGUCGCGGCCGGCGUGGGCGACUCGGCUGCAGUACGCUGUCGACAUUAUGCGCGGCCUGGUGUAUUUGCAUAAGCGGUCACUCAUGCACCGCGACCUCAAGACGCGCAACGUACUACUGACGCAGGACUUUGCGCACGCCAAGCUCACGGACCUCGGCGUCGCGCGUACCGUCGACGACCACACGAUGACGGCCAAGAUGGGCACGUGCCAUUGGAUGGCGCCCGAGGUGCUGCGCGGCGACCGCGACUACAACAUGGCAGCCGACAUUUUCUCGCUCGGCGUCAUUUUCACCGAGCUCGAGACCUGCAAGAAGCCGUACUGGGAGCUGCGCACGCGGGAUGGUGCGUGGACGCUGCCCGAGUACGAGCGCUUGGGACGCAUUGCGACAGGCACAUUGCGCCCGUCGUUGAGUCCCGAGUGCCCGUCCUGGUUUCGAAACCUCGGGCUUGAGUGCUUGGCUCUCGAGCCGACGCACCGGCCGACGCUGCAGACGCUGCUACCGGCCUUUGAGACGGCGCUGCACAGCGCGUACGACGCAUCCGAGACCAUGUCGGCGCUGCCCCAAAACUCGACCAAGCGCGACGACGUUUCGACCAUGCCACGCAAUGCGACCAAGUACUAG